CUUUUCGCCAAAGCGAGUCUGUUGUUUUUUUUGCGGCAAACAUGGCGGUCAGAAUGCCGUGAGUAGAAUACAUGACUCUGUAGUGGAUUGAUAAAUAAAGAAGAACCGAUCCCAAGUAUGACCGAGGCAAGACGAUGCGAGAUUUGUUUGUUAGAUGACAGGAAGCUUGAGAUACUUGUACAGCCAAAGCUCCUUGUAAAAGAGCUUAUCGAUAUAGCAGCAUCCCAUUUUACACUCAGGGAGAAGGAAUAUUUUGGAUUAUGGUACAUGGAUGGAAAGAACCAAAAACGAUGGCUCAGAGAUGAAAAGAAAGUUUUAGAACAUGGAUUCUCAAAGACUGUAGCUGUAAUCACCCUGAUAUUUGGAGUACGGCUUUAUGUCCAAAGCAUCACCCACUUGAAGGAUGCUUCAACAAUUGAGCUCUUCUUUCUUCAAGCUGCACAACUGAUAUACCAGGAUGAAGUUGAAUGUGAUACAAAAACAACUUUUUUGCUUGCUGCAUAUGUUUUACAGGCCACAAAUGGGGACUAUGUCAGUGAAUCAAUAACGAAAGAUGAUCUGAAAUCUUUGAAAAUUCUACCUAAAAGUACAACUGAUAGCAUUGCCGAAGAGGAAUACGUUGAAAAAGUGGCUCUACACUAUAAAAGAAUGAGUGGCUUGCCAAGGGGUGAUGCCAUAGUCAAUUUCUUGAGCAUCGUGGAAAGGCUUUCGACUUACGGAGUCCAUUUCUUUGAUGCCAAGGACAAAAAUGACGUGCCAUGGAGACUGGGUGUAAGCCACAGGGGUAUAGGGCAGUAUUAUCCUACCGACCAUGUAACGGCAAAAAAGACCUACAUGUGGAGUCGCAUGGAUAACCUCUUCUAUCGCGAUAAGAAAUUCUCGAUUGAGAUUAGAGAUCUAACAAGGACUGGCUCAAAUCAAAGUGUUAAUAGCAUAUCAAAGUAUGCCACUCUUCGCGCUCGCCAGGCUCAGUCUGUUGUUGACACGUGGUACUUCUCGACAACAAUAGAUGCCCGAGAGAUAUGGUCCGUUUCGGUUGGUUAUCAUCAGUUAUUGGUGAACAGCAAAGAUCUCCAGCGCUUUCAAGCCGUGCGUACUCUAAAGGAUAUUGCGAAGGAGCUGACAAAGUCUUCAUCCUCAUUAGCGACGUCUAUAGAUUCUGAGUUUACUGGAAGCACUUUUUCUGGAGAUGGUGUUUGGUACGAUCAAGAGGAUGCAGAGAGUGUGUACAUGGACUUUAUAUCGGCGCUUAGAUCUAAGAAAGAAAUGCUGGAAAUGCGAUUAAAAGAACGGGAAGAGGAGCUAAAGGACUUGUCACGGCAAGAAGCAGAGCUUACUGCGGCUUAUCGGGCGAGGAAGGACACAAUAGAUCAAAGUGUUGGAGCUACGUUCCACUUCUCUGAAGACGUUUUAAAAAAUUUGUCAAGCAAUGAAGAAAUGGAAAAGCUAACAAGAGAUUAUGAAAUUCAAAGUCAAAUAACAGCAGCUGCGAAGCGCCUGGCUUUUGAUCCAAAAGCUAAAAGAAAGAUGAGAAAGGAAAGGCGAAUCUUGUAUGAUAAAGCUGUUGCAAAGUUGAGAGAAAUCGAGGGUAAAGUGAAAACUUUGAAAAGAAGUCAUAAAACAAAUACUGGGUCCCAGAAUAAUGGCCCUGAAAAAGAUGAUCGUCAUAAUUCUGAAGAUAGCAAUGUUGACAAUGGUGAUGACGAAUUUGAAACCGACUUCCCUUAUCAACCAUUUUCUUUGCAAAUGCCAGAAGCUAUUUCUGCUAUGUCACGUCGUGCUAACACGUUUUCUGCAACCGGACGCCCAGAUGAUUACUACGGAACGCUCAGGGGAAGUCUACAGAAAUUUCGAAACGGUUCAGUAGAACUGAGUCCGAGCUCCCGGAAAAUGGUAUCUAGCCGUUACGUCAUAGGUGAUUUUGAUAGUAGUGGAAUAUACAGUGGCCUUCGCGAUAAAAGGACCAAUAUGCUUGUAGAUCAGUACAAGAGUAUGCACGUUUCGAAUUCUCUAACACAAAUUCCAAAACUAACUCAGCAAUAUUCUAAUACAGCAUCAUCCAGCUGUGAUGAGUUGGAGACGAAAUCGAACCACGUUAGCGACAAUCACAGCGAAAAUGAGUAUUACAGGAAUGUACAGGCGGAUGAACUACGGAAUCGGAUACUCAACCUUAACAAUGGGCCCAUUAUCGAAGACAGUAGCUAUUUUCCGUAUAACGGGCCAGCCACUAAAUACACCGGUAAUACGUCUAGGACACCGUCGGUCUCAUUGCUCAGCGGUGCGGCGUGGAACCAACUUUCGCAGCCGUCGAUGGAUCGCCUACCGCCCGAAGUUGUUUCUUCCUACACGGGAAUCGGCAUGUCGCCAGAAUUGGACGUAAAUGAUUAUUAUUUGGAAGAAGAAAGUAUAUUGGAAAGGUUAGCUCAGGAUUUGAUAUUAGAAAACGACGAGGAACGAGAAGAGAGCCUUGUUUGAUUGACAUAUCUGUUCCAGGUGCUUGUGUAUCGCACUCUAAAGGUGGAUGCUCCCUCGCAGGGAAUUGUCGUGCAUUUACUCAAUGAAUUUAGGCAUAUAGAUUUUUGGUCUAGUUUGGUGAAGUUUUUGAGCGCUGCUUCGGUCAUUUGGUAAGUUCUAGUGACAUUUCGUAAUUCGAUCAAGUCGUUACUUCCUCGUGUGACUUGUUUUUUUCCGUCUCGUUGAUAAAAAUGCCCUUUUUUUAAUUGUAUCAACAGAAUAAAGACUACAGUCGAGUUUUCACCAUAUUGUCUAGCUGGUCUAGUCAAACCCAGUGUUUCCCACCAGGGUGAUAAAUUUGUGACAUUUCCAUAGAUACAAAAUCACCUGUCCUUAAAACUCAACUAUCUUUUUCAAUGGCUGAAAGCUUUUUUCAUUGAAUGAAAGUUCUUCUUGAUUACAUAGCUCCCGUUCCAGUGAACCCCAACCCUGUCUGUUUUCAGUUUUGCCGCCAAUAAG